GAAGGGAACGAGCGAGCGAAGGAGGAGAAGAGCCGGACGGAGAUUCCCGCCCGGCGCCCGAGGUAGCCGCCCCCAUCGGGGUCCCCCUCCGCCGCCUGCGGGCUGCGCGCCCCCUCCAUCCGCCUCAGGGCGCCACCGCCGGGAUGAGCAGCUCGCGGAACAACCGGGUGAUGGUGGAAGGAGUCGGGGCCCGGGUGGUCCGCGGCCCGGACUGGAAGUGGGGGAAGCAGGAUGGCGGCGAGGGCCAUGUGGGCACCGUGCGCAGCUUCGAGAGCCCCGAGGAGGUGGUCGUGGUGUGGGACAACGGCACCGCCGCCAACUACCGCUGCUCCGGGGCCUACGACCUCCGCAUCCUCGACAGCGCGCCCACCGGUAUCAAGCAUGAUGGGACUAUGUGUGAUACUUGUCGACAGCAGCCUAUCAUUGGUAUCCGAUGGAAGUGUGCUGAAUGCACAAAUUAUGACUUGUGCACAGUUUGCUAUCACGGGGACAAGCAUCACUUGAGGCAUCGUUUUUACAGAAUUACUACACCGGGAAGUGAAAGGGUAUUGUUGGAGUCUCGACGUAAAUCAAAGAAAAUUACAGCAAGAGGAAUCUUUGCAGGUGCCAGGGUGGUGCGAGGAGUUGACUGGCAAUGGGAAGAUCAAGAUGGUGGCAAUGGGCGUAGAGGAAAGGUAACUGAAAUCCAAGAUUGGAGUGCGUCGAGUCCACAUAGCGCAGCAUAUGUUCUUUGGGACAAUGGUGCUAAAAACCUUUACAGAGUUGGCUUUGAAGGCAUGUCUGACCUGAAAUGUGUUCAAGAUGCAAAAGGAGGCUCUUUCUACAGAGACCAUUGUCCUGUGUUAGGUGAGCAAAAUGGUAACAGAAACCCUGGUGGGCUGCAAAUAGGUGACCUUGUAAACAUUGACCUCGACUUGGAAAUUGUGCAGUCUUUACAGCAUGGUCAUGGAGGAUGGACUGAUGGCAUGUUUGAAACUUUAACAACAACUGGAACAGUCUGUGGCAUCGAUGAGGACCAUGACAUUGUAGUACAAUAUCCAAGUGGCAACAGGUGGACAUUUAAUCCAGCUGUUCUCACCAAGGCCAAUGUUGUUCGAAGUGGAGAUGCUGCUCAAGGUGCAGAAGGAGGAACCUCUCAGUUCCAAGUGGGUGAUCUUGUUCAAGUAUGUUAUGACCUGGAGAGAAUCAAGCUUCUUCAGAGAGGUCAUGGAGAGUGGGCUGAAGCAAUGCUUCCGACUUUAGGUAAAGUUGGUCGGGUUCAGCAGAUCUAUUCAGACAGUGACUUAAAGGUAGAGGUUUGUGGGACAUCUUGGACCUAUAAUCCAGCAGCUGUCUCAAAGGUGGCAUCAGCAGGAUCUGCUAUAAGUAAUGCAUCUGGUGAGAGAUUGUCCCAGCUAUUGAAAAAACUAUUUGAAACACAAGAAUCUGGAGAUCUCAAUGAAGAACUGGUUAAAGCUGCUGCCAAUGGAGACGUUGCUAAAGUGGAAGACUUGCUAAAGAGGCCAGAUGUAGAUGUGAAUGGGCAAUGUGCUGGACACACAGCUAUGCAGGCUGCAAGCCAGAAUGGCCAUGUCGACAUUUUGAAGUUGCUUCUGAAACAGAAUGUGGAUGUAGAAGCAGAGGACAAGGAUGGAGACAGGGCUGUCCAUCACGCAGCUUUCGGUGAUGAGGGUGCUGUGAUUGAGGUUUUGCACCGAGGCAGUGCAGAUUUGAACGCUCGCAACAAGCGCAGACAGACUCCACUCCAUAUUGCUGUCAACAAAGGUCAUCUGCAAGUUGUCAAGACUUUACUGGACUUCGGCUGCCACCCCAGUCUCCAGGAUUCUGAAGGAGACACUCCACUUCACGAUGCAAUAAGUAAAAAGCGUGAUGAUAUACUUGCUGUACUUUUAGAAGCUGGAGCAGAUGUUACUAUCACCAACAACAACGGGUUUAAUGCUCUUCACCAUGCUGCACUAAGAGGAAACCCGAGCGCAAUGCGUGUGUUGUUGUCCAAGUUACCACGACCGUGGAUUGUUGAUGAGAAAAAAGAUGAUGGUUACACUGCCUUACAUCUGGCAGCUCUCAAUAAUCAUGUGGAAGUGGCUGAACUUCUGGUGCAUCAGGGCAAUGCUAACCUGGAUAUCCAGAAUGUUAACCAGCAAACUGCUCUUCAUCUUGCUGUUGAACGACAGCAUACACAAAUUGUUAGGCUCUUAGUCCGUGCAGGUGCUAAAUUGGAUAUUCAGGAUAAAGAUGGGGAUACUCCCCUGCAUGAAGCCCUGAGACACCACACCCUGUCGCAGCUCCGCCAACUCCAAGACAUGCAAGAUGUGGGCAAGGUAGAUACUGCUUGGGAGCCAUCAAAGAACACAUUAAUAAUGGGUCUUGGCACUCAAGGAGCAGAGAAGAAGAGUGCUGCAUCUAUUGCCUGCUUCCUGGCAGCCAACGGGGCUGACCUCGGCAUUCGUAACAAGAAGGGUCAGUCCCCUCUUGAUCUCUGCCCUGAUCCAAGUCUCUGUAAAGCAUUGGCUAAAUGUCACAAAGAAAAAGUCAGUGGCCAGGUUGGUUCCCGAAGUCCGUCUAUGAUCAACAAUGAUUCUGAAACCUUAGAAGAAUGCAUGGUGUGUUCAGACAUGAAGAGAGAUACUCUGUUUGGCCCAUGUGGCCACAUUGCCACGUGUUCUUUGUGCUCACCACGAGUGAAAAAAUGCCUCAUCUGUAAAGAACAAGUUCAGUCUAGAACAAAGAUUGAAGAAUGCGUAGUAUGUUCAGACAAAAAGGCAGCGGUGCUCUUCCAGCCAUGUGGUCAUAUGUGUGCCUGUGAGAAUUGUGCAAGCUUGAUGAAGAAGUGUGUACAGUGUCGGGCAGUGGUUGAGCGAAGAGUGCCUUUCAUAAUGUGCUGCGGAGGGAAAGGUACAGAAGAUACCAGUGAUGAUAUUUCAAGUGGAAACAUUCCAGUUUUGCAGAAGGACAAAGACAACACUAAUGUCAAUGCGGAUGUACAGAAGCUGCAGCAACAGUUGCAAGACAUCAAGGAACAGACUAUGUGUCCUGUCUGUUUGGACCGCCUGAAGAACAUGAUCUUUCUGUGCGGCCAUGGAACGUGUCAGCUUUGUGGAGACCGAAUGAGCGAGUGCCCCAUAUGCCGCAAGGCAAUUGAACGGAGGAUCCUUUUGUAUUGAACAGGAGCCAGUGUCUUUGCUAGGUUGUGAAAGAGUAAGGACAUGUUGAUGGUUUACACCUCUGUAAGUUUAAAAGGCAGUGAAGGGUUCUGGCGAAAACAUUUCUAAUACUGUAGCACAGGUUUGUUACAUAGACAUUGUUUAAAGACUGUGAACACACCAAAUAAAAGAAACAGUAUUUGAACAGUCAGCUUGUAGCUUUACUCUUAAAAAGCAUCUAAGCCUAAUGCUAAUUUAAAGCAGUCUUUUUUUCAUUUUGUUUCUGUCUUCUUCUUCCCCUUAAAGUUUAAAGGGACAAUCUUACUUUGCUUUUGUUCAUGUGUAUCAUGUACGUAUCAGAUGUCAAGUGAUGUAAGGGAAUUUUUUUUUUAUAUUGUCAGUUACUACCAAACAUAAAUAUUUAGGUGUUGUUUUUUUUUUCUUGCUUUAUGCUUUUCUGGAGAGUGUUGACAUUUCCUGUGACAGUUCUGAUUCACAGUAAUUUCUGUCUUGAAAUACACAGUCAUUAAAAGUCAAUACAGAAUAUAUACACAGUAGUAAUAAACAUACUGUGGCCAUAAGGUCACACCUCAGAACACAAUGUUAAUGUAGUUCUGACUUUAUCAUGCCCUUUGUUCCUGAGGAUGGGUUGUGUAGGAAACAGUAAAGAGAAAAAUCUGUUUUAGAAGCAUUAUGUUUCCAACCUGCACUUUAGUCUAACCAGUUUCAAGCUAAAUACUUAAGUAGUGAGCUUCAUUAUUCUGCUAAUUACUUGACUUUGCAUGGAAUUGCUUUUAACUUGAGUGGAAAGGAGAACAUUUGAGCAGUGGGUCAGCUAUCCCUUUUAGAUGAGUGAAUUUGAUCUGUUGGGUAGACAACACAUACAUGUGGAGCCAUUUAAAAAUUGUGGGUCUGUGAAUUUGGAAAAAACAGAUGUUGCAAAAUUUCCUUCCUUUUAAAGUGAGUUUUAUUGUCUCCACAUAAAGUGUCAACAGCAAAAGAGAAUAUCAAAGUGAGGAACUUAUUUAUGAGCAUUACUGAGUAAUACUGCAAGUGAAGGUAUUGCUGUCAGAACAGUGAAUUUUGUGAGCUGUGCCUAGUUGAGCUGAAUUUGGCUGAAAGAGUUUGUUGUCGCUGAUGUGAUAAAGAGCUAUUCCUCUUGACUCCCAAAAUGCUACUGUUAGGGAUGGCAAAUUGUUAACAUUUUGAAAACAAAUGCAUCCUUUCAUCGUUUUUGGUGGUAGAAAAUACUCUGAUUUAAGCAUCUGUAGCUUAUAAGGAAUCUGUGCUUAUUCCUAAGUGAUUCAACAGUUUUCUGAGUGCAUAGUUCAUGUAGCCCUUUGCCAUUGUGCAGACUUCAUUUGGACAUGCUCUUGCAGAACAUUAAAGAAAUCCAUGCUGGAGUCACUUAGGUGCCUUACUUGCAGCUAAGAUGAAUUAAUCAUUGAAUUCUCAUUGUAUAUGUCUAAAAUAUGGACAAAAGGAUGGUUCAGGGAAAGAUCCAAGUAAGGAUAAAGAUAUAAUUGUGGUCUUUUCAGAUAAAUCAAUCUGUCUUCUGAAACUUACAUUGAUAUGCCUGAACUGUGCAAAUAUUGGCAAAUAUCUCAGAAGACUGUUACUAAUAACCUGUAAAGACAGACAAACCUUUAAGCAAUAAGAUUUAAACACUGAAUAAAGUUUUCCAGGAAACAAGUACAGUGAUACUUUCUUGUAAUUUCCAGUGAUUGGAAAAGUGUAUGUAGAGUGGCUUUUAACACCAUGAAGUAAUGUAAUAUACAGCCUUACAAAAGCUGUCUUUAAUCCUCAUCCAACAUUCCAAAUGUUCCUCAUGAUUUUAAAUGUUUUUUCACUGGACACAAUCACAGUCUGGAGUCACUGUAGUAGUCUGGUUUAUUUUGUAUACUAGUGAUCAUCUGUUCUCAGAUAAUCUGCAUUUGUAUUCUUAACCAAAUGAAGCAGCCUUCCCUUUUUUUGAUUCUUAGUUCCUAUUCUAAAAUACCAGAAUUUUUCAAGGAGUUUUGGAAAAUUUUUGAUGUAAGACCUGUUUUCAGUUCAGCAUUUUGGUAUCUCCACUUAAACUCUGCGUGCAUCUGAGCGUUCAUGGCAAUUUUAAUUUGGCCAAUAUGCAUGUCACUAAGGUUUUUGGAUUUUUGGGGGGUUUUUGUUAUGUUGUUUUUUUGGUUUUUUUUUUUUGGUAGCAUGUUUGACAGCUGCACUUCCUGUAGCAGGCUUGAGUUUCUUGUCAGGCUUCCCCUGGAAAUACUUCUACAAUAGGAUGUGCCAUUUGAUAAUCUAUUCUGAGUUUUAGCCUGUCAUGCAUCAGAUUUGUACCUUGAUUCCUCUGUUUCUGGCAGACAUAUUUUGUCCUCUUAAUUCUUCAAGAGGCCCUCUGCAAACUUGUCUGCACAGGUGCAGGAUGGAUCUCUUCUUGAUAACACAACUGAAAACUGAACCUCAAUAUAGCAAGUUUGCAUUUUCCUAAUCAUUUUUUGCUUGAACAAGCCAGAAUUACUCGAAAGUGUUCUGUCUUAGCAUGGGUUGAGUAAUUCAGCUGAGUUAGAACAGAUGUGAAGCAUCCUGGGUACCCUCAAUACUUGAAUACCAUCACAUCCUAUGGAAAUGGAGACAGUGACUGAAGGUAUCGCUGUAGGAGCAGCUUUAGUGUCCUGUGCUGCAAUCACAGCAGAUGUUUGUGACUGCAUAGGAGUUUGUGUUUGGACUCAUUCAGCAAUGUUGUGUGCCAGUUGAAACUGAAGUCAGCUUGAUGCUAUUUCAGUGCCAAGAAAAACAACUGAAUUAGAAGAACUAGGAAAGCUGACCAAGAUACUUGAAUUAUUUAUAUAGGUCUCUUACUGACAGAGGAAGAGCUGUAUCUUGUCUGGAGAUGGCGAUACAGUUUGCCUUUCAAAAAACUUAAUUAGGAAAAAUGUUGCAAAUCUGGUAUCAUUUGUGGAAAUAAAUAUUUAUAUUCAGACUCUCUCUUUGCAUUCACAUGUAGAAGGUGAACUUGGUGUUGUUGAGGAACCCAGUAAGUUCAUUCACUUUACUCUUUUGUUAUCUGUGCAGUGUGCACAGAGUGCAAAUGUUUCAUUGGAUAGCACUAUUUGAAGGAUGAGGAGUUCACUUGAAAGCCAAAGGGGAUCAUAACAAGUAGUAGAGUUAAGGAAAUAUCACUGUUCAUCUGUCUUCAGCAAAAGAUUAAAGUCUAAAUUUCACCUGAGCAAAGUAAAAAUUAGAAAAAUCAGUAAGGCAUUUAUCUCUAAUUUAUUGAAAAUUGUAGAAUGUAAGGGUUGUAAGGUUUGUUAUAUCUAUUUCCCAGCAUUUAAUAGCAAUUUUAAAAUUAAAUGGAAUGAAAUACCUUCAUUUGUUUCUUGAAACAACUAACAUGUAUUGUUCAGUGUGAGGUAUGCUGAGAUGUUAAAGUAUACUUUUCCAUUCAUUAAGAGACAUAAACAGUCAUAUCACUCACUACACAGUAAUUUUAAGUGUAAAAGCAGCCUAAGAGGUUAACAGAAUAAACUUAAUAGUUGUA